AUGCCUGCUAAUGACACAUGUGCUGGGACAGAUGGAGCCAAUACAGAUUUUCGAUACUUCAUCUAUGCAGUGACAUACACUGUCAUUCUUGUGCCAGGUCUCAUAGGGAACAUAUUAGCCUUAUGGGUAUUUUAUAGCUAUAUGAAAGAAACCAAACGGGCUGUGAUAUUCAUGAUAAACCUAGCCAUUGCUGACUUACUACAAGUACUUUCCUUGCCACUGAGGAUCUUUUACUACUUGAAUCAUGACUGGCCAUUUGGGCCUGGUCUCUGCAUGUUUUGUUUCUACCUGAAGUAUGUCAACAUGUAUGCAAGCAUCUACUUCUUGGUCUGCAUCAGUGUGCGAAGAUUUUGGUUUCUCCUGUACCCCUUUCGCUUCCAUGACUGUAAACAGAAAUAUGACUUAUACAUCAGCAUUGCUGGCUGGCUGAUAAUCUGCCUUGCCUGUCUGCUCUUCCCUCUCCUCAGAAGCAGUGAUGACAACUCUAGAAACAAAACCAAAUGCUUUGUGGAUCUUCCUACCAGGAAUGUCAAUCUAGCCCAGUCUGUUGUCAUGAUGACAAUUGGAGAGUUGAUUGGGUUCAUCACUCCUCUUCUGAUCGUCCUCUAUUGUACCUGGAAGACAGUUUUAUCACUGCAAGAUAAAUAUCCUGUGGCCCAAGACCUUGGAGAGAAAAGGAAAGCCUUGAAGAUGAUUCUAACCUGUGCAGGAGUUUUCCUAAUUUGCUUUGCACCUUAUCACUUCAGUUUUCCUUUCGAUUUCCUGGUCAAGUCCGACAAAAUUAAAAGCUGCCUAGCCAGAAGGGUGAUUCUAAUAUUUCAUUCUGUUGCCCUGUGUCUUGCUAGUCUGAAUUCCUGCCUUGACCCAAUCAUAUACUACUUUACCACUGACGAGUUCAAAAGACGGCUUUCAAGACAAGAUUUGCAUGAUAACAUAAAACUCCAUGCGAAAUCAUUUGUGAGCAACCAUACCACUUCUACCUUGACAACUGAAUUAUGUUAAAUAAAAAAAAAAAAACUGGAUGUGGACUGAAAUGCAAGUAUAUCAGAACACAUUUGCAAUAACCCAAGCCACUGGGAAGUAAUCACGGGAAGCACUCACAGCUUUUCAGUUAUGCUCUAUCUUACCUAUUUGAGGAUUUCACAUCUUCAUAACAUAACCUAUUUA